UUUUCUAUAAAUUAACAGUUCGCGAAGAGGGCGAACGCCAGUUCAGAAUAACCCAUAUGAGUGAAGAAAAAGGGUAGCAGAAUGGGCGUCUCCAACUGGACUGAACCUAUUCAACCUCUAGGAAGGGUUAUGGAUCCUAUGGACGGAAUCAUAGUUCAUCACAUAGGAUGGAACGUAGACGCUGGCGAUCUCAUCCACAUCCCCAAACAUUGGCAACUCUACCCCGCCCCAGAAAAAUCUCUCCAUUUCCUCCUUGGUAUGAUCUAUGUUUUUCUCUGGUUUCUAGCGGUCAUUGGAAAUGGACUCGUCUUGUGGAUAUUCACCUCGGCAAGGAGUCUAAGAACAGCAUCCAACAUAUUCGUAGUAAAUUUGGCUUUCAGUGAUUUCCUGAUGUUUGUAAGUAUGCCAAUAUUCAUUUAUAAUUCGUUCAAUGGAGGAUUCGCUGCUGGUUGGCUAUCCUGCCAGGUAUACGCUCUAAUAGGAUCACUUUCUGGUAUAUCACAGGGCAUGACUAAUGCCUGCAUAGCCUAUGACAGAUAUACAACAAUUACAAGGCCUUUUGAUGGAAAACUAUCCAAAACGAAAGCUGUCCUCAUGGUUCUCUUCAUCUGGAUGUACACGCUACCUUGGGCGUUAUUGCCGAUGUUUGAAACAUGGGGAAGGUACAUGCCAGAGGGAUACCUGACGGCUUGCUCAUUCGACUACCUCACCACUACCUUCGAUAACAAACUGUUUGUAGGAUCAAUUUUUACCUGUUCCUACGUCUUUCCGAUGACGGCUAUUAUAUUUUAUUACAGCCAGAUUGUCAGUAAAGUAUUUGAUCAUGAAAAGGCCCUUAGAGAACAAGCUAAGAAGAUGAACGUCGAAUCCUUAAGGUCGAAUCAACAACUGAAGAACGAAUCGGCAGAGGUGAGGAUAGCUAAAGCAGCAAUCACAGUCUGUUUCCUGUUCGUAGCUUCUUGGACCCCAUACGCUGUUCUGGCCUUGAUUGGAGCAUUUGGGGAUCAAUCACUUUUAUCUCCAGGAGUUUCUAUGAUUCCAGCGUUGACAUGUAAACUGGUAGCCUGUCUAGAUCCAUAUGUGUAUGCCAUAAGCCAUCCUAGAUACAGAAUUGAACUACAGAAACGGCUUCCCUGGCUGGCCAUAAAAGAAGAAUCUGAUUCACAGUCAACGGUUACAGAGACCUCUUCACCUCCACCAUCGACAGCAUAAUAUUUGAAAAUUUGACUGAUUUUUUUACUUCUCAACAAAACCAUGAUGACGACUUGGCUAUGUCAAUGAAAUAAUGUCUGGUUAUAUUAUGAUUGUAUAGUGAUUUUUUAGAUGUAUAUAUACUGAAAUAUGUCUGUCACGUAUCUUACCUUUCAUAUUCAAGGAAGAAAUAUUUGCCAAAAACUUUAAACCAAAGCCAAAGUCACAAUAUUCGAUUAAGUUGGAAAUUUCCUCCAUGUGAAAUACUUGAAAGUCUAAGUAAAUGUGUUAAAACAACGUUUUAUAAUUAACAACCACAGAGAACUAGGCCUUCAUUUUCUAGAGUCAAAAGGACAAAUAGAUAUGAAAACUUAAAAAAAGAAACAACUCACAACUCAUAAACAUUCUUGAUUCUUUGGAAGAUAAAUACAUUUUUUAUAAAAUAAUAUUUUUUGUAAAAUUUUGGAUGUUACACUAAAAAAUUUUUUACUAUUAUCGUUUAAUAUUUCUAUAUAUAUACAUACGCAUAUUUUUUGUCCAAAACUAUUCCUUUUCAAAGGAACACAAUAAAACACAGCAUUAUUGAAAA